ACUGCAGGUUACCUGUUACUGCUCCUCUGUGGAAGGAAGACAGACUUUUGGUUGUGUUGGGUCAGCUGCAGUCAGAUAGAGGCAUUUCAGUUUGCGUUUGAUCUUUUCUCUGGCUGAAGCCAUGCGACUUCUUCUGAGUGUGGUGCUGCUAUGGAUGCUGAAUAUUGGAGAGCUUCAGGCAAGCGUUAAAUCUUCCUAUCAUGGCUCUGCGCCUGGCAUUUGGGACAUGAGCUACCAGCCCCACAGUGCCGGCUACCAGCCCGGCUACCCAUCCAAGCCCCAGCCUCAGCCCCGGCCCCAGCAGCCCGGCUACCCGUCCAAGCCCCAGCCCCAGCCCCAGCCCCAGCAGCCCGGCUACCCGUCCAAGCCCCGGCCCCAGCAGCCCGGCUACCCGUCCAAGCCCCGGCCCCAGCAGCCCGGCUACCCGUCCAAGCCCCGGCCCCAGCAGCCCGGCUACCCGUCCAAGCCCCGGCCCCAGCAGCCCGGCUACCCGUCCAAGCCCCGGCCCCAGCAGCCCGGCCCCAGCAGCCCGGCUACCCGUCCAAGCCCCAGCCUCAGCCCCGGCCCCAGCAGCCCGGCUACCCGUCCAAGCCCUGGCCCCGGCCCCAGCAGCCCGGCUACCAGCCCAGCUACCCAUCCAAGCCGCAGCCCGGCUACCCAUCCAAGCCCCAGCCCGGCUACCCAUCCAAGCCCCAGCCCGGCUACCCAUCCAAGCCCCAGCCCGGCUACCCAUCCAAGCCCCAGCCCGGCUACCCAUCCAAGCCCCGGCCCCAGCAGCCCGGUUAUCCGUCCAGGCCCCAGCAGCCCGGUUAUCCGUCCAGGCCCCAGCAGCCCGGCUAUCCGUCCAAGCCCCAGCAGCCCGGCUAUCCGUCCAAGCCCCAGCAGCCCGGCUAUCCGUCCAAGCCCCAGCAGCCCGGUUACCCGUCCAAGCCCCAGCAGCCCGGUUACCCGUCCAAGCCCCAGCAGCCCGGUUACCCAUCCAGUGGCAAUUUUGGGACUAAAAGAAGAUUUGGCUACUGAUGUCUUGGAGAUGUUUCAUCUGAUGGGCCUUGAUGAACUGAAGCUUAUACCUUGAGUCUCUAGAAAAAAAUAAAUGCAUUUUGUC